AUGUUCAUCGAUAGGAAAACGUUUGGAAUAAUUCUUCUAUUGGUUUAUGCUGUAGUAGCACGAAAUACUGAUGGUCAAGAUUUUCGUAAAGAAAUUAAUAACAAAAAGGGUGGAUCUAUGUUAGCCGAAAUUGCUAAGGAAUUUAUGCAACGAUCUACUACUACCAGUCAAGUACUGAAUUUAAAUUUAUCUAAUCUUCUGCUACUCCUCGUAUUAAAAGCUGUAGUUUUUGGUGCUGGAUAUAUUGGAAAUCAUGGUUACAAGGGACGAGAUUUGAAUGAAGAAAAUGUAAUAUCCGAAGGAGAAGUUGCUUUGGCAUUGGGUUAUCUGAUUGGUGAUACGUGUCUGUAUAGAGCAGCUUGCGAAGAACCACAUAUUGCAAAAGAAUAUUUGGGUGCUGCUGAAAUGCUUUUAAAUACAAUGAAACUAAUGCCACAGACAGUAUCCGUCGAACGUAAAUACGAAAAAACUAUAAAUGAACUACGAAAAGCUAUCGAAUACGGAACUACAAGUCAAUGUCCACCGGAAUAUAAUUGUAAAAAAGAAAAUAUCAAAGCUUUUUUAACAUCCGAGAAAAAAAAAUAA